AUGAGCACUGCUGCACCGUUAGUUGCGCGGGUCGUAGUACCGGAUUCUCAAUCUCGUUCCCCUCGGGUCUUUAUUCCACUAUUCAUAGUGAGCGGGCUCCUCGUAUGUGGAAUCACUGUGUAUCUUGUCUUCAAACUCUUCUUUCGACUCCAAAAACUUAGGGAUGAGAAACGCUCUGAGAGCCUGAAACAGGAACUAGAGUCGGGAAUUGACCAUUCUUCAGUAACCUGCUGUGGCACGGUCGAAAAAUCGAAAGAUUUAAAGUUGCCCCUGACCACGUUCGAGUCAGAGGUUGAAGAAAUCGCCAACCACCACGCUAUCCUAUCUUAUGACAUGUUCCCGCCCUCUCCAAGUACAGAUAUAUCUCCUGCCCGCAGGUCGUCGUCCAUCUUCUUUCGUAGCGAGUCAUUGCCCCCACCUGCUCGAGCGCUCUUGUACCCCCCGUCACCGAGGCGAGCGUCAAUUCCGGCAAUAUGGAGCAACCCGCGUUCGAAAUGGACGGAUGAAAAUCAGGGAGGAUAUUCAGGGAAGGCUCGGUACCCAUCUAACAGGCCUGCAACUAGUCCACUUCAAAUCUCUGGAGAACGCUUGCCAGAGGAAAACCUUCAAGCUAGACGGAGUGUCACUUUAUUCUAA